CUUUCUUUGUCUACCGACAUAUAAGUGGCUAGCCAGUAUCCUCCCUGAGAAAAGGUAAAAUAAUGGCUGUCAUUCUUUGUGUCCCUCUAUCAUAUACCGCAAAAGGAUAUACAUUGAAUAUUCCAGGCUGCUGAUUUAUUCUAGGUCACGGAUUCAUCCUAGUGGUGAAUGUCCCAUUAUACAUUUAGUAUUAUUCUCUGCAUUCAUUCAGAUUAGGUCUGAGGCUCCCUUGUUUGGUCACCUUCAAAGCGACCUGGCAAUUAUAAAGACUGCACUGCUCACUGUGGUUCGCCUGCAUUGCUUCCAUAUAUUACACACCCUUGUCCUGUCAAAAAGAACAUAAUCAUCUUCAAACAAGGAGUUCCUCUGGCGUAUGUCACAAUGAGUCUCCUUAGUCUUCCAAAUGAACUUCAGCUCUGCAUCGCCGAUAAUCUCGAAUAUACAUGGGACAUCAACAGGCUUUCUCGCGUUAACAAGCGGCUUUACGAGUUAUUGAACCCACGGCUCUACCGAUUCGACAGGCAGUAUACUCGCACAUCAACGCUGCUAAGGGGAGCCGGCUAUGGCUUUGAGCCUAUAGUACAAAAGCUGCUUGAAGAUGACGUCUUUUUAAAAAACAUUUCUGAGCAGGAAUGGGAUGGACUGAUUUCAGGAUCCGCUUCAAGAGGCCAAACAAGAUGCCUCAAGUUGCUUUUGGAAGCUGAAAAGCGGCUUUACCCUUCAAUCGAAUGGAAGCGGACUUUUUUUAGCCUCCUGUUUGACGGGCUCGGCCGGGCUGCAUCGAAUGGACAUGUGUCUACAGUCCGGCUCCUUCUGGAAUACGGAGCACCCAUAUUGAGGGAAAGUCGUUUCUGCGUUCAGACUUUGCGCCAUAUGCCGGUAGCAAAGGUGGUCAUGGAUUGGGUUCGCCAGUCUAAUAGGUCCAUUGAUACCCAGAUAUUAGCGAAUAAGCUAUAUAACUUACUCGAUGAUACAGUACGCCUUUACUACUACCACCCAUCGGAUGAUUGCGUUCGGAUGAUCGUUCAAGAGUUUCUUGAUAUGGGUGUCAAUCCAAAUUCUCAAGACAGAAGAGAUGCUACUAUGAGGUACAUGAUCAAUCUGGACACAGGCUGCGGUUUUGUUUACUACCCCGCCAGGGAAGGGUUCUCUGAAACCGUGCGGUGUCUGCUAGAGCAUGGCGCAGAUGCUACCCAGAAAAUGGACGAUGGAAGUGGUUUGAGACCCCUUUGCUUUGCCGUUGAACGGUGUGAUAUAGGUGUCGCAAGGUUGAUGCUUAAAAGCGUCAAUGCCAAGGAAAUUAUCGCUGAUGGUAAAGAGAUCGGGCCGUUGUUAUGUGUUGCGUCGGCGUGCGGCUUCCAAACACUGGUACGAGAGCUUCUCCACGGCGGCUACCAUACAGAAGAAAUUCAGGAAGACCGAAUAGGUUGGGUUGAGGAAUAUGACCAACAAAAGGCACUCCAGUGGGCUGCCAAAUUUGGACAUGGGGGAAUUGUGAGGCUCCUGCUCAACCACGGCGUCAAGCCCAACUUGGAAACACUCGGCAUAGCAGUCCGCCACCGAUCUGUACGAAUUACAAAAAUGCUUCUUGAUGCUAAUGCAGACGCCGCCUGUUUCCCAGACGGUUAUAUUCUCCACGAUGACUGCCCGGCUUUAGGUCCAUCUCUAUUCACGCUCCUACUCAACCGACACGCUGAGCAGAAUCCCGGAUAUGUCUCAGACCUUUCCAGAAUCAUGCAAAAGGUGCUAAGAAGUGGCCAUAUACCUCAAGCCCAGAUUCUCCUAGACCGAGGUUUCCGUUUAGGGGCUAUCAUUAAAGACAACCCUGACGAUAACCUCGAGAUCAUGCAAAGCCUCGAUAUUCUGGAAUCCGCAGCAUAUGGUGGAACUGCUGCGCUGAAAUUUUUGUUUGACAACGGUUUUGAAUACCCACAGGGUGACACUGUAGAAACCAUUUCAGCAAUAAUGAUUGCCGCCACCAAUUGGGAUUUCGAUGCAGUAAGGUUCCUCCUUGAUAAGGGAGUCAGGGCCCCCAGGGACAACGAGCUCGUGCAUACGCUUAUGUCAAUAUUCCGGAAGUAUGAUACGGAACAAGCAAAAGAGCUAUGUGAUCUGCUAAUUAGCCAUGGCGCCGACUUCAAUUUCACAGGCGAAGUCGGCACCGACGCCUUGUUUUCCGCAAUUAUCUACAGAUCCGAGGACGCCUUGAAGCUUUUCCUGGAACAUGGUGCUGAUCCUUUAUUGCUAGAUGAGUUUGAUGGAGAGCCUCUGGGGACUGCAUUGAGAUGGUGUUAUACCCGAGGGGCGCAAAUUAUGUUGGACGCAAUGCGUGAUCCACCUCUUGAUAGAUUGAGAAAGGAGGUGUUGGGACUCAAAUCAAAGGCCGCGUUAGAGAGACGGUGGAACAAAGUGGGGGCUUUCUACUGCUUUGAGGUCAAAAACGGGCUCCAUUUACUGCCGACACCGGAUCCUGAGAGUAUUCCAAAGCCAUACCGACGCUGGCCGGAACCUCCUGGCGGCGUAGACUACGCUGCACUGGAGCGAAUCAGGAUGAUAUUUGGUAUGGACUGGUGGUAGUGUUGUCGAUGACCAACAUUUGUAUACUAAAAUUGGGAGGGCUAUGCCAUUAUGUUAGCUUGCGGAUAGACGAUAAUUAAAAAUGGAGCAACUCCUUCGCUA